CGAACCAAUCACCCUUAGGGGACACUUAAGAGAGAAACAACAAAAUCCUUCUUCUAAAAAAUUCUUCAAUCUUCUUCUCGAAGCUUCUCCAAUGGCGAUUACAUCUUCUAGAACCACCAGAUCAAACGGAUCUGCUCUCCGAUCCAAAUCACCGUCCGGUCGAUUCUGCGGCGUAUACUCAUCAUCAUCAUCAUCUCCGUCGUCGUCAGGUUUCGCUUCUUCAACAAGCUCAAGUUUCUCGUCACCGUCUACAGCGUUUUUCAGCAGCCACAAUCAGAACAACCACCACCAUAACCACCAACACAGAUCUGCAUCUCCGACGCGUGUGAAUCUAUUCACAUCAGCUCCGAUGACGCAAUCGUUUCGUUACUCGAUCGAUAACAGAUCUAUAUCACCGAAUCGAUCCAUCGCUGUUUCUUCCAACAAACCUAGUAAUCAUAAGAUUCCAGAUUCGAGAAGGAGAUGUAUGUGUUCUCCGACGACGCAUCCUGGUUCUUUCCGGUGUAGUCUACACAAAAACGUCGCGAAUCCACACGGUCAAGGUACGGGGACGUAUCCGACGAAUAGUUUGAAUAUGCGUAGAUCUGCGAUGACGAAUUCGCUUGUGAGAAUUGGUGGUGUUGAAGGUGAAUGGGUGAGAAGAGCUUUGACUACUUUGAUUCGACCAUCGUCACAUCAACUCAAGAGAAGAUCUGCUUAUGAGCCUCGUCGUAGUAGACUCGCGUCUAUGUCGAAAGCAGAAGAUCUUUGAAUCUUUCAGGUUUCGUACAAUGAGGAGAAGAACGUUACUUACACUAACCGUUACGUUCAACUUUGGAAUAUUUUUUUUGGACUGAAGAAGAAAUGAAAUUGGACUAAGAGAAAAAUUAAAUAUUUGAACUGAAA